AUUCAGGGGUAAUAAUUUUUUUUCUUCCUCUUUUCUUCUCCUCCUCAAGCUAAGGACGCCGCCGUUGCCUCUGCUCUUCAGUCUCACGAACACCACCCCUCAAGCUCACGGACGCCGCCGCUACUCCGCCUCGCCUCGCCUCUGUUCCUCAAGCUCACGGAAGCCGACCCUCAAGCUCAUGGAUUAUGCUGUCAACCUUAUGAAUCAAUCUUUCAUUGAUCCUUAGCACCAUCAGCUUACCGCCAUCUGCAGUAGAACAGACGCCAUUAUCACUAGGAGAAACAGGGUGUCGAAUCAAAUAUGGCAAACAGCAAAUACGAGUAUGUCAAGUCUUUUGAAAUCGAAGAUGAAGUAAUGUUUCCCAAUUUGAUCGUUGUUCGGAUUGACGGUCGUGAUUUCCGAAGGUUUUCUGAUGUUCAUGAGUUUGUAAAACCAAAUGACGAGGUAGCUUUGAAUUUGAUGAACUCAUGUGCAGUUUCUGUGACAGAGGAGUUUCCUGACAUAGUCUUUUCCUAUGGAUAUAGUGAUGAGUACAGUUUCGUUUUCAAGAAAGCAACAAAGUUCUAUCAAAGGCGUGCAAGCAAAAUACAGUCUCUUGUUGUUUCAUUUUUAACCUCGGUAUAUGUUAUUAAAUGGAAAGAAUUCUUCCCUAAUAAGGAGUUAAGAUAUCCACCAUCUUUUCGUGCACGAGUAAUAUGUUGCGCAUCGAUAGAAGUCCUUCAAGCAUAUCUUUCUUGGAGACAAAAUGAUUGUCAUAUAAACAACCAACAUGCCACAUGCUUUCAUGAGCUGGUUAAGCAUGGAAAGACUGAAAGGGAAGCACAGGAGUAUUUGAAGGAAACUGGAAAGAAGGAGAAGCAUGGCCUCCUAUUUGAACAAUUUGGUAUCAACUAUGAAAAGCUACCUGCUAUGGUGCGUCAAGGAUCCUGCAUCUUAAAAACUGAGGCAGAAGACAUUGUAAAGUACAAUGAGAAUGGGGCUCCUGUUAAGAGACUUCGGAGAAAGACAAGUACAGUCCACUCAAAGAAUAUAGUUGGGAAAAGCUUUUGGAAUAUGUACUCAAAACUUCUGAAGGAACUCGGUGGUUUUGUGGAUGAUAUUAGAAAGAUUGAACCAGACUAUAUUAGGUCCUUCCUAUGGGAAACAAAGUUGUUACCAUCUACUUGGAUUGUUAUCAGAAUUGAUGGCUGUCAUUUUCAUAGAUUUUCUACACUACAUGAAUUUGUUAAGCCAAAUGAUGAGCAAGCUCUCAACCUCAUGAACUCAUGUGCAGUGGGUGUGUUAAAGGAGUUCCAAGACUUAGUCUUCGCCUAUGGGGUCAGUGAUGAGUACAGCUUUAUUAUGAAGAAGGAUUCUCAUUUAUAUCAAAGACGAUCAAGUGACAUUGUAACUGCAAUUGUAUCACUUUUCACUUCCUUGUAUGUGAUAAAAUGGAAAGAUUUCUUCCCACAUAAAGAGUUGAAGUAUCCUCCUUCUUUUGAUGGACGCGCAGUGUGUUAUCCAUCAUCUGAAAUUCUCACUGAUUAUUUGGCAUGGAGACAAGUUGAUUGCCACAUAAACAAUCAGUAUAAUACUUGUUUCUGGGAGCUUGUUAAAUCUGGAAAAAGCAAAAUCGAGGCUCAAAAUAUAUUAAAGGGUACUCAAACUCUGGAGAAAAAUGAACUGCUGAAACAAUUUGGCAUCAGUGACUACAACACAUUGCCGGUGAUGUUCCGCCAAGGCUCCUCUGUCUUUUGGGACGAGGAAGGGACUACAUCGAACCAUGAGAAAGGAAGUUCUAAUGGAACUUGUCCAAAGAAAGUAGUCGUAGAACAUUGCAAUAUAAUCGAGCCUAACUUUUGGAACUCCCAUCUGAGCAUUCUUAACCAGUAGCAAGAGAUUCUAAGAAAACGUUUUUACAUUGAAAUGAAGGCUAGCUUUGUUAGAUCACAUUGUUUACAUCACAACCUCUUUAUUUUUUACUUUUAUGAACUGCACUGUUUAUCAUUUGUAAAAACUAGUUUUAAAUUAUAUGAUGUUGAGCUAGAUUUCUCUCUUA